UCUCCAUUUACACUUAAACCGUCGAUCUCCGCCAUCUCGGUCUACUUCUUAACACUUUUAUUGCUGUGUUGUGUCUUUUUAAUUUGUUUACAUCGUUUUCAUUAUCUAAUCGUUUGAAGGUUAAAGUCAAAGUCUCAUUUUUCUCCAUUUUUAGGUCAAAAUUUGAGAUGAAAUUGGAAAGAAAUUUUCUUUUCUACUCGCUGGUUUUUCUUGCAACGUUCGUUUCAGUCAAGGCGAUAAAAUGUUUUCAAUGUAAUUCGCACGAUGUUGGGUGUUCUUCUUUAACAGAAAAAGAUGAAGAUAGCGAAUAUUUAAAAGAUUGCGAACCAAAUCAUGAUGCACCACCUUUUUGUAGAAAAACCAUCCAAACUAUUCUCGACACGAAUAAGAUUGUGGUGAUAACGAGAGGUUGUGGAUGGAAGACAAAGAGCGCGAAUAAUACGAGAUGUUACAAGAAUGAUACCCAAUUCAAAUUGGACGUAACGUGUCAGUGUUUUAAGGAUGGAUGUAAUUCGGCAACAUCUUUAAGUGUUUUUAAUAAAUCAAUGACGUUUUUAUCGAUUUUCGUGGCGAUUGUUGUUAAAUUAGUGAGGUUUUAG